GGAUUAUAGCCCAUUGCUGAAAGCUGUCACUUCUUUCUCACCUGGAAGAAUAAUCCUAGAAAACUCGCAACAUGUGUGACGCCUUCGUGGGUACCUGGAAACUUGUCUCCAGUGAAAACUUCGAUGAUUACAUGAAAGAAGUAGGAGUGGGCUUUGCUACCAGGAAAGUGGCUGGCAUGGCCAAACCCAACGUGAUCAUCAGUGUGAAUGGGGAUGUGAUCACCAUUAAAUCAGAAAGUACCUUUAAAAAUGUUGAGAUUUCCUUCCAACUGGGCCAGGAAUUUGACGAAGUCACUGCGGAUGAUAGGAAAGUCAAGAGCCUCAUAACCUUAGAUGACGGUGCUCUGGUACAGGUGCAGAAGUGGGAUGGCAAAUCAACCACCAUCAAGAGAAAACGAGAGGGUGAUAAACUGGUUGUGGAAUGUAUCAUGAAGGGCGUCACUGCUACCAGAGUUUAUGAGCGAGCAUAAGCCAAGAAACCCUGAUCUGAACUGAAGUUUGCACCGAACUCUUUGACAUUCUGUUGUAACUAAAAAAUAUUGUUGUUUUCUACUAUUUACCAAAUGACUGAUUUUAUUCAAUAUGGUUCUAUUGGUUAAAUA